ACCUCUCUACCGUGUGAACCAUGAAUGGGGUUAGCGAGGAGGUGCCUCCUCCACAGGCCGGGAGCGAGCAGGCCGGGCUGGGGGCUACACGCGAGCUGGCUGGGCCUGCGGCCGCGGACGAGCAGCAUGCCGCGGUCGGGCAGGAGGCAGAAGUCCAGCCGAUGGUGACAGAGGAAGCUCAGGAGAGCCCCGCUGCAGAGGCAGACAAGACGGGCGGCGAGGGCGAGGCGGUCGAGGUCCAGGCUGAGGGUGGAAGUAGGAAGCGGGCGCGAGACGACGGUGGUGAGGGCGAGGACGAGGUUGAUGACGAGCGGUUGGCCAAGGAGCGGCUGGCGUGCCUGGCGUAUCUGGACGAGCAGCGACGUGCGCUCGAGGCCGACAUCCGCGGUCGGACCGCGGCCGAGGUGGUGGUGGAUGGUGAGCUCAAGCCGCACAGCCUCUUUACCUCGAUGCUGGAGGAGAUGGUGUUUGGUUUUGGCGACGUCUCGCAGCCGCUGUCGGCUACGGUCAACGCCGUUGAAGACAUUGUCGUCGACUACAUCCGCUCGAUGACCCUUGCCGCGCUGCAAGUCGCCGAGCGUCGUGGCAAGCUCAUGGCCGAGGACUUUCUCUUUCUCAUCCGCAAUGACGACAAAAAGUACGAGCGCGUUCGCGAGCUCCUCAACAUGCGCGAGGUCAUCAAGCGCGAGCGUGCCAACUUUGAGCAAGAGAAGACCAUGCUCGAGCCGGCCACAAAGCGCCGCAAGCGAUGAUGGCUGCCGGCCAGGCCCGCCCACGUGGUGCCGGUCCCUGUCCACGCCCGCUGUGUCACGCCCCACUCCCUUCCCUCCACACGCCCCUCUCCCCACUCCCCACCUCCCACUCCCCACCCCAAGGAUAUAUCGCCUGUCAGAAACAAUGAACUCUGGCCAGC